CACCGCCACUUCUGCUGCGCCUCCCUCGGACCUGGUGACUCCGUUUCGCCAUCGCUCGAGUCCCACACGCGUCCACCUCUCCCCGCCGCUGCUGCUGCUGCUGCCGCCGCUGUAGACAACAAUGACGGCUCCCCGCAGCCUCCACACGUGGCUGCCCGCGUGCCUCUUCCUCCUGAUCGUGGCCUCGGGCGCGAUCUACAGCCAGGUGGGAUUGAGCAUCACGUUCGUCAAGUUCCCCCCCGAGCGCUCCGAACGAGACAACUCUCAUCGCGUCGCCGCCGUGAAUUGCGACGGCGCUCGAGACUGCGGCGGCGGUGACGGUGGUGGCGACGGUGGCGGUGGAGGAGGUGGAGGAGGGGGUGACUUCGAUCGCGAGAAGGACCUUUUUCCUAACUUCUGGGAGGAGCGCUCAGCCGGCUCGGCGCCGAGUUGGGACGGCCACUCGAACCUCUGCGUCUCGAACGCGAGCGUGGCUGCCGCAGUGGAAGGCUUUUCGAGCUUGCCGGGGAUGAUCCAAAACUUCUUGACGCACCGCCACUGCCGCCGCUUCGAGCUCGUGCUGGAGCCGCAGCCGUCCAAGUGCGACCCGGGACCCGUGACCCUCCUCAUCGCCAUCAAGAGCGACGCCAGGAAUCUUGCACGCAGGGAUGUGAUCCGCAGGACGUGGGGACAAGAGCGAACCAUCAAGGGCUCGAUCGUGCGGCGCGUCUUCCUCUUCGGCGUGGUGCCCGACGUGCCGGGCGAUCGCCGCCUGCGCCUCAACGCGCUGCUGCAGGAGGAGUCGCGCCUCUACAACGACGUGGUGCAGUGGAACUUCUUGGACACCUUCUACAACCUGACGCUCAAGCAGCUGCUCUUCCUCGACUGGAUGGCCGAGCGCUGCCCGCUCACGCGCUUUAUCUUCGACGGCGACGACGACAUCUUCGUCAACAGCGACAACAUGGUGGAGUACGUGACGACGAGCACGGCCGGCGGGGACCCCCCGGCGUCAUCGUCGUCGUCCGAGACGCCGGGACACCAUAUGUUCGAGGGCUACGUCAUCGCCAACGUGGGGCCCAUCCGACACACCUGGAGCAAGUACUACGUGCCCGUGCAGGUGCAGCAGAGCGAGCGCUACCCUCCGUACGUGGGCGGCGGUGGGAUCAUCAUGAGCGGCCACACGGCCCUGCAGAUCCGCAAGGCCGCCCCCUCUGUCCCCUUGCUCCCCAUCGAUGACGUCUUCUUCGGCCAGUGCCUGGAGCUGUUGGGCCUGGGGCCUCGGCGCAACGCCGAGUUCCGCACGGCCGGCAUUCACAACCCCAAGGCCGGCGCGGGCGACGACGGCCUGUCGUCCUUCCACCCGUGCUACUACCGCGAGGUGCUGCUCGUCCACAGCCUCGAGCCCUUCGAGGUGCAGCUCAUGUGGGGGGCCCUCAAGCGGCCGUGGCUGCGGUGCGGCCGCCCGCCUGUCCCCAUCCCGGGGCCCGUCGAAGCCGCCGUGGUCGUGGACAAGCAGAAGUGAAAGCCGCUGCCCACGCUGCUGCUCGGUGUUUUUGCGACCUCGUCGAAUUGUUACCGUGGAGUCCGAAGUACUCUGCGGUGUUUUGACCCCUGGGUUUGAAAUCCCAAUGAUGGCAAUAGGACUCGUUUUACGUGGGUCGGUUGUUGUUUUUUGUCUUUCUUCGUUCAGUAGAUUUUAAUUUAAUUAAUCGCACGCACAACUUACGCCACGGCCCGAAGGGAACAGGAAUGUGAAAACGGUCGACUCGCGACGGUGCGGAGGCACGAUCGGCAGGGACGACCCGGAUAGAACAACGCUCGCAUGAGAUCACGCGCACACGGCCGCGAUCGCCCCCCACCCCCCCCCCACCCCACUAGCGGCCUCGUGCCCACCUGCAGGCCAGGUGCUGAAUGACGUCGUUCUGCACACGGGAACAGCUGCUGCCUCUGUGGUGGCGGGGGGGGGUGGGGCGACCCCCUAUUCAGAUGUCCUUGAGGUGAGAUGCAGGUCGGUCAUCGCGCGGACAGCGCUCCAAUCUGCGAUCGUCCGUGAUGUUCGCGAGGUCGUGGAUUCGUAUUUAUUUGUUUACAUUCGUGGGCCGCUGGCGAAGGCUCGUCGCGUGUCGUCGGGUUUCGCUGCAUAGAGCAAAAGCUGCUCGAUCUCAGGACAGGAGUGGGCGACGCGGCGAUGGGCGAGAGGUGCAGGCGUGCGACGAGUAGCGAACGAAUGUUUCCGAUUCGGGAUUGGGUUCAAUCGAUUCGAGAAUUUCUCUCUCGCUCGCGCGCGCGCUCUGUGGCCGUCUCGUUUCUCCAUCGCUGGCGCAUCUCAAUCGCAUUUUGAUGUUCUCGCCGCUUGGUGCAAUUCACCGUGCAGCGGGCGCAGCGAGUCCCCGUUUAACGCGCGGUAGAUGCGUUCAUGAAAAGCGUCGCGUUGAGCGGGAAAAAGCAUUUGUCAGCAAAAACUAUUUCCCCAUGAAUAUAUUCGGUUUGGCGAGAUGCGGUGUUACUCCUACACACAUACACAACUUGGGGUACUACACCCCGCCGCAUUGCUGCAUCACUCCGCUCAGCCGAGCAGCUCAAGAAAGUAGUUGGUAGUCGACCGCUCGGGAAACCGCGUUGUACUGGGGAUGCGCGUUCCGAAUUAUGCGAAAAGUAUUCCCCAACGCAGGAGACCGUGUUAUCGCGACAACGAGUUGUGUGAGCGCCGCUACGCGUUAAGCAAGGACCAGAGGUCGCAAACGAGUUUUGAUUCCUUACCGGUACCCGGUCGCACCAGGGUCGCAAACGGCUACCCGUACCCGGCCGGGUACGGGUAGCCGGGUAUCGGGUAGGGUACGGGUAUCGGGUUCCCGGUUGCGACCUCUGGCAAGGACUUACCGCAGCCUGGCCACAAUUUGGAUAAUUAAUAAAUAUUCGAUGUGCGCAUUGCGAACGCAGGGAGACCAUUUUAAAGCGUUGCACCUUGAUUUGGUUUGUGCUGUAACGCGGAUUUAUUUAUUCCAUAUUUGUAUGGUGGGUGUUCCAUUUACAGAUCGCGUCAUCUUCCUGGUACAAUAUUUAGUGCAUUGGAUAUUUGUGCCAUUCUUCAAGCGCAAGGCUAACAAGGACAAACGUGUUUCACCCCGCGUAGUCUGCAAUGGUUUUGCCGUGUGUGUGUGUCAAUCCCAGUCGAACGCUGAAAUCUCCAGGUAAUCUUUUCAAACGUGGACCUUGAUGCCCGGGCACACACUGGCCCAAUCUUGCGAGUUCCCACAGUAGUAACCGGGGCGGGCAAAAUACAGAGUUUAUCUAUUUACAGAUACCCCACUAUAAUAAUUGGGGAAGAAAUUCUCGACUUAGAUAUCAGAUUCUGAUUGAAAGCUUUCCGCGUGUCUCCCCGCGUCCGCAACCAAUCUCGGUCAAUUUACACAAGUACGGUGUUGGUGGGGUAUCUAUGAAUGGAUCACCCUUCAUCCCUAAAACAUCUGCCAAAAAACCCAAAAAUGUGAUUUUAUUUAUUUCUUAUUUAUUAGGUCGGCAUGGGGAAUUGCCACCACCCACAAUAUUGUCGUGGUUAUAUCGGCUUUAGUCAAUGCUGCUGCUGCUGCAGUUGGGUUAUCAGAAUGCACAGUGAAAAUCGCGCAUUGGGUGCCACGGUGGCGAGAUGUUAACUGCCUCGCCUGGUAUGCAGGAGGUCGUGGGUUCGAUCCCGAUACCCCUGACGCCUGCUGCUGCUGCUGUAUAUUUGGAGCCUGCGUGUUUUCCCCGUGCUCGCGUGAAUCAUUUUCCGAGUCCUGGUUGCCCCUCCACAUUUAGAAACACGCGUUUAGAGUAAUUUGGCUGCUGUAAAUUUCCACGUGGUAAGCCACUAAGUUGAGCUGUCAUUUGUUGGCCAGGUCGCUUAUGGAAAAGAGAUAUGCAGCUCGGUGGGUAGAAUAAAAAGAGUAAGUUUUAUAGCUUUAACGUUAGCUUGCUAUUAUUACCGACUGCCACUGUCGUUCCUGUACAGUCCCGCCGGGUGCAGCAAUUCUCCGCAGGUAGAGCAAGUGGUGUCCGAUCGAAAGCUCCCGACUUCUCACAUCCUGGUUGGGGGUUGACUUCGGCCCAUCGUCCCUCCUCGGGGUGGUUACAACGAGCACAGCAUUUUGUGUCGAAGUCAAAUGUGUUUUGUUCUCUGGAUCGAAUUGCCCCCGCCAUAGGAAUGUGGAAUUCCCACCACCGGCGAUACAGGACUGUAAACAGGAGAUGAGCCCCCCCCCCCCCCCGAAUGCUAAUUUGAACAGGGAGCCACUUUAAAGCUUGCAUGUCGAACCACUGUUAUUGCCAUGAAAUGUAUUUGCUGCAUAUGAUGUAGCAUUUCAUGAAAAUUUUAGCCCGAUUUUUUUUCUUCUUCUAAAUCCACUGCUUGGAUAUGUGCCUCUUCGCAACUUGCGGGUCGUGGGAUUUGUUUGACCACGCCUCGCUCACCUCGUCGCUCGGUGCGGGUUGCUGGGUUAUAACGCAACGCGCGAACCGCUGUGCCAUCACUGCCGCCCCCUCCCCCCCCCAACACCGCAGUACGUGCUAUGUGUGUGUGUGUGUGCGCGUGUACAUCUCUACAGCCCGGGAUUUCUGCUCUAAAGAUUUGGCAUCUGGCCGCGCGUACCAACUGCGCACGGUUGCGGCGGUGGGCGCCGCUGCUUUCGGGUGGCGAUGUCCGACGUUUCGCCCGGGGAACUUCUCCAGCUCCGUCCCAGAAUAAGCGGCGGGGCCCGGCUUGCAGGGCGAAGCGCACGACGUGGAAGCGCGUCGGCGAGUGUAGGCCAGAGGUCGCAAACGGGUUUUAAUUCCUUACCCGUACCCGUACCCGGCCGCACCAGGGUCACAAACGGCUACCCGUACCCGGCCGGGUACGGGUAGCCGUUCCCUACCCGUACCCUACCCGAAAUGAGUGACAAACGGCUACUCACCAGUGACUCACGGCCUACCCGUACCCGGCCGCACCAGGGUCGCAAACGGCUACCCGUACCCGUACCCGGCCGGGUAUGGGUAGCCGGGUAUCGGGUAGGGUACGGGUAUCGGGUACCCGGUUGCGACCUCUGGCGUAAGCCGUGCCAGCCCCAGUUUGUCCACGCCACGUGUGAUUGUGCUUCAGGUUCAUUCUGUUUAGCCAGGCGGCAACUCGCGAGGUCGUGGCACACGGGUUCCUCCGAGUUCACAACUUUGUGCGUGAGCAGGAUUGUUGGAUCAGAGAUAAAUACCGCUCGACACGUAUGGACAGUGUGUUUGCUUUUAUAAUAAGGUCUAAAUGUAGGAGAGGGCUAUUUGUUCAGUUACGUGAUUAAUGUGGUGCGCGCGUUCAAAAGGGCACAAGGGUAAGAGUGAUUUAUUGCGUCAUGAAGGACACUCUUGUUUUUAUGAAUUUACGUGGUGAAAUCGACGUGUGGAUGGAGUUUGUGUUCAGCGAUGAUUCGCUCUUUACACAUUUUGACAAAAAUAAAAAGGUAUUUUGGCGAUAA